CCUCAACAGUAUUGUACAAGUCCUGUGUCAGUAUUUAGAAGUUUAAAGUCACCGAUUUAAAUCAGAAGAGCAAUGGAUGAUUAAGGAAGAAAUGUAAAGGAGGUGCUCUCCAGCUGAGUAAGAAAGAACCUAGCAGAAAAGGCCUGGACAAAUUCAUAAAUAGAUAAAGAUACACCAUGAAAGAGUUCUGAAUUAAGUGUCAUCCUUCUCCAUGAAAAUACAGCUAAGGAAAACUCAGAAAAGCUGGGCAAUGGAAAAGUAUUUUCUCUGAGCACAGACAUUGAUUCUUUAAGACUACACCCCAGUGCAUGGAACUCAGUUUAAAAGUUUGGAACAUAAUUUAUACUUAAAUAUGAGAGAAGCUGUCUAGGAAAGGACCAUUGUGAAUGCAAUGGGAAUGCUCUAUUUCAUCCCAGUUUGUAAUCGUCUAAUCUCAGGAUAACCAGUGUGAAAAAUCUUUCACCAUAAAUUCAACUUCAAUAGAUAACCUGAGAAUUAUAUUGGAGAGAAACCAUAUGAAUUUAGUGAAUGUGGAAAAGCUUUAGUCUGUGUCACAUGUCAAGAAAUACUAAGGAUUUCCUAUUAGAGAAAAUAUCUGUGCAUAAGAAUGUUGGAAAGCCUUCAGCCUGAAACAGAUCUCCUUCAGCAUGAUCAAAUUCUUACUAGAGAGAAACCUUAUGAAUGUAAUGAAUGUGGAAAAGCCUUUAGUCUGAAAGAAAACCUCAUAGAGCAUAAGAAAAUGCAUACUGGAGAGAAAUCACAUAAAUGUACUGAAUGUGGUAAAGUAUUCUCUCGAGUCUCAUCCCUUACUCUACAUUUGAGAAGUCAUACAGGAAGGAAACCAUAUAAAUGUAAUAAAUGUGGAAGAACCUUCAGCCAGAAGGGUAACUUUCUUUCUCAUCAGAAACAGCAUACUGGAGAGAAACCUUAUGAAUGUGGAAAAGUUUCUAUUCAGAUGCCAAGCCUCAUUAAACACCAGAGAAACUGUACUGGGAACAAACCCUAUGCAUGUAAGGAAUGUGGGAAAGCCUUCAAUGGCAAGUCAUAUCUCACUGAGCAUGAGAAAAUUCAUACAGGAGAGAAACCAUUUGAAUGUAAUCAAUGUGGAAGAGCCUUUAGUCAAAAGCAGUACCUCAUUAAACAUCAGAAUAUCCAUAGUGGGAAGAAACCCUUUAAAUGUAAUGAGUGUGGGAAAGCAUUUAGCCAGAAGGAAAACCUCAUUAUCCAUCAAAGAAUACAUACUGGAGAGAAACCUUAUGAAUGUAAAGGGUGUGGGAAAGCUUUCAUUCAGAAGUCAAGCCUCAUUAGACACCAGAGAAGUCAUACAGGAGAGAAACCCUAUAUAUGUAAGGAGUGUGGAAAAGCCUUUAGUGGAAAAUCGAAUCUCACUGAGCAUGAGAAAAUUCAUAUUGGAGAGAAACCUUAUAAAUGUAAUGAAUGUGGAACAAUCUUCAGGCAGAAGCAAUACCUCAUUAAACAUCACAAUAUUCAUACAGGGGAGAAGCCCUAUGAAUGUAAUAAAUGUGGAAAAGCCUUCUCUAGAAUCACGUCACUUAUUGUACAUGUGAGAAUUCAUACAGGUGAUAAACCUUAUGAAUGUAAAAUAUGUGGGAAAGCCUUCUGUCAAAGCUCAUCUCUUACUGUUCAUAUGAGAAGUCAUACAGGUGAGAAGCCCUAUGGUUGUAAUGAAUGUGGAAAAGCCUUCUCUCAGUUCUCAACUCUUGCUCUACAUAUGAGAAUCCACACUGGAGAAAAACCUUAUCGGUGUAGCGAAUGUGGGAAAGCUUUUAGCCAGAAGUCUCAUCAUAUUAGACACCAGAGAAUUCAUACUCAUUAAAGCUCUAUGAAUGUCUUGGAAUCAGAGAAACCUCCAACAGAAUUCAUAGUUGUUAAUAUAUGAGACAAUUCAUUUGAAAGUGAAGUGACGUGAAUGUGGAAAGUCCUUCAGGGACAACUCAAAACUUAAAAUACUGAGAAUUUUAAUGAGUCAUAGUAUGAAAACCUGAACCUCCACAACAAACGUUGUUAAUGCUGUAUUUUGAGGAGUGAUAUCAUUGAAGUGUCCAUGAAUCCAGUCAUGGACACUAAUCAAUGUGGUUCUGGAAGGCCUACCUGAUGCAUUAAGACAAAGAUAUGAGAGGUAUAAAUAUUUGAAAUUAAGAGACAAAAUUGUCAUUUUCUGUUACAUGUUUUGCUACAUAUAUUAUCGUCAAAAUUAUUUGCUCUUGAUGCAGUCAUAGAAAAGAGAUUGUGACAAAUACUAUAUCCAGAAAUGUGUGCAUGUCUUUAUGGGGAAUUGAUAAAUUGAUAGAGGUGGUAUCACAAGUUGGAAGGGAAAUCAUGAGUGACUGAAAAAAUGGUCUUAGGGUAAUUGAUUCUUCAUAUGGAAAAAUAUGAGAUCUUUGCUAUCAUCGUACAUUAUUAUGAAAUCCCAAAGUGCUUACUAGAAUUUAAAAAGCAAAACUUAGUAAUAUGAAAAUUUUGUAAGAGAAUGUUGUUAAAACCUUGGCUAGGAAAGAAUAUCUAAAAUAGAUUCCAGAGUACCCACUCCUGAGUAUAUUUUAUACAUGUACCCAAGAAACUGAUUCAUGUACCUUUAUUCAUUGCAGCAAUAAUUAUGUUAACAAAAUUUGGAAAUAAAUGUUGCUUGUGAAAUGGAUGAAUGAAAGCACAUUUUCUAGCAGUUCAUAUAUUUUAUCUGUAUUAAUGGAAAGAUCUGAAAAAUCAUGUAAAAAAUGAAGUGAUUAAUAUAAUCAUACCUGUGUGAGUUGGAAUUAAUACUAACCAACACUAGUAUUAAGCAUUUGUAUGGGUGAACAUUUUUAUGUAAAAUUCUGAAGAAUGAAUUGAAUACACAUUCAGUUCCCGAAAAUGAUUGCCUCUAGAAAGAAAGGUGAUAGAAGGGAAAUGGGACCAAGCAUGACAGUUAAAGGAUACUUCACUUUUAUAUCUAAAUGCUAACUCUUAUUAAAAAUAAAGAUUCCAAGUAAAUGUAAGAAAAAAUUAGUAAAUUCUGGGCUUUGUAAUAUGUAUGUUUAUUCUAAGUUUGUUCUUUUUAAACUUCUGGAAAUUGUAAAAGAGGAAUAGGAAAGCUGUAUAUGGUGUACAUUUUAUAAUAUAUUCAUUCCCAGUUAGAUGCUAAUAUUUUAUAGAAAAUACUUCUGAAAUAAUAUCUUUAAAAUAUGAAAUUUUUAAUUAGGAUGUUAGCUUAAAUCAAUUAUUUAAAUUCUGUCAUAUCACUAAUCUGUAUAAUCAGAAGUUACAGCAUGAUUUUGCAACAGAUGUAUUAGAUCAUGUACAUUUAAGGUUCAUAUCAUUUGAUAAUGCUUGCCAACUUGGUAGGAUUGAGUUUCACUUGAAAUAUUUAUCAAAAAUUUUAAUUGUCCACAUAACCAGUGUUGGCAUUAGAAAUGUGACAUUUUUUAAAUGAGGAAACCAUGUUACUCUUAAAUUUUUUUCUCUAUUCUGCCAGACACAAUCCAGCUAGCCUCCAAGCCCCCUUGUUUGUUUUCUCAGAGAAAAUAGUGCUGAGAAGGAAGCUCAGACUAAACAGUAUUUUUUUAUUUGAAGCAAUUUUUUUGAGGAUUUUUGUUUACUUGAUUCCUUUCCACAACAAAUUGACAUAUAGAAAGUUGUUAGUGCUCUUUUUGAAUAGUGAUAAAAAUGAGUAUGCAACAUUUAACACCUUAGGCUGAUUUCAAAUAUAUCAAUUUAAAGCUCACAGUAAUGAAAUGCUAAUAUAACUAUAGCACUACACUGCUUGUUUGCAUUUUUGAAGGUUAGUUUUAGGAUUAUAUAUGCCAUGGGUUGUUUUCAUGGGUAUCUGAAGUAAUGUAUCCAAAUAACAUGCAUAUCUUUUUACAUGAGUUUAAAUUAUCCUAUGUUUUCUAUUAUUCCUCAUUUAAGCAUUCUCUCGUUUUCCUUAAGUGUUCUCUGCUUUUGUGCUUACACAGCUUUAAAGUCACCAGAGCAACUAGGAGCUCUAAUUCAGACCAAGCUAGGAGGAUUACCUUUUGGUGCCUAUAGUUGACCAUUGCCAAGGCCCAGGAACAGGAAUUAUGAUUCUCAGAUAGACUAGGAUGAGCAACUGCUGCAUAUUAUUCUGUGAUACUGUGUACUAUAAAUUUAUUUAGCCAUCUCUUGAUUCAUCUUGCCACCAAACAGCACUAUAGUUAACACCCUUAUAAGUGGCUCUUACAUUUGAGGCAUUUUUAUUUCUGGAGAAUAGAUUACAGGCAAGAGAUUGGCAGAUAAAGGGAUAUAUGCUAUUUUUAAACUUUAAUAGAUGCUAUUAGUCAUUUUGUUAAAAAACACUAUUCCUGAAAUAGAUGGCAUUAUACUACUUAAAUUCAUGCGUGUCUGAUGACUAUAAACCUCAUCCAUUCCUGGAUUUACUUCAUUGUAAAUUUUCAUAAUCAGCCCAUUUGUCUAUAGUAUUAUUUAUCUCUGUCAAGUUUGAAGACCUCUUCAUAUGUUAGACAUUAGGAAAUUGUCUAUAUAAUAAAUGAUUUUUCCAUUAAGAUUUUUAAAAUUUCUAUAUAAUCAAACAUUAAUUUUUUCAAAGCUUAUAAAUUGGUUACAGAGAUUUUAAUCUCUAGAUCAUAUGUUAUUUCUUAGGAUUUCUUGCAAGUUGUUUUCUUUCAGUAUGUAAAUAUAUAUACUGAAAUUUAUAUUUCUAAAAUUUAAUUUUUGUCAUGUGAAAUGAAAAUUCAAUGUUUUCUUCCAGAUGGGUUUCUGGUUGUACAGCAUAAUUUGUUUUAUCUAUCUGUUCAGGAGCAAGUCACACAUCUCUGACUCCAGUCUAAAUGUCCACGAGCAGAAAUCACAGAUUUGAACUGGCAGUCAAACAACAGAGUAGGCUUUAACCCAGGAUUGGGUUUCUUACUAGCUUUGUCCUGUCAAGAAAGUGUCUUCACAGCAUGUUCAUCAGUCUUGCUACUCCCCAAGCAAGCACAGCUCCUGGGGUCUAAGCACUACACAGGAGAAAAAGAAUGUGUGUGGUUUACCUCAGCACCUAGGAACAUCAACAUUCUCAUCCAGGAUAUUUCACAGUAAUCCACUGCAUCUGUAUCUGCAUGGUGUGCCAACAUCACAUGGGAGCACACACAGUUGUAAAACUGAUAACCACUUCAAAACAGGGAAGCUGCUCAAGGUUUCCCAAGACUUGAUGCAUGAGUCACAUAGGCUGUCAGUGUCUACAUGCCAAUUUACAGCGCAGGUUCCCAUCUAGGUACAGGCUGCAAAUGAAGAAUUUUCGGUGGUAUUCAAGAAAACUUGUAGAAAAGCAAAUCGAAAGUCUACAGUCAACUUUGCAGACAUGGGUCAGUGAGAAUGGCCUGUUCUUAAUUCUUUACUGAUGCCAUCCUUUUCCUAUUCAAGUAAAACUUCUGUUGUAUAAUCCUUUAAGCAUAUGAUCUUUUCUUCACCUGAAACUGCCUUGUAUUUUUAUUUAUACCAAGAUCUAUUUCUGUAUUCUCGCUUCACUAAACUAUUUUUCUAUUCCUAUACUAAUAACAUUAAUUGAUAACAUUUAUUUAACAUGAGCCCUCUUGUAUUUUGAUACUGCAUAAUAGAGCAAGUUUUCCUUGCUGUUUUUCAAUUUUAUUGGCUAUUCUGCUAACUUUCUUUUUAUCAAAUGAGGAAAAUUUUCUCAAUUACAAAAAUCCUUUAGUAUUCUAAUUGGAAUUGCAUUAAAUAUAUACAUUUCUUUUGAGAGUAAUAACAUUUAUAUUAGCUCUGCCCCCAGACAUAGUAUACCUUUGCAUUUGUUGAGAUUGUGAUUCAUGUCAUUCAUCAGGAGCAUUCUGAACAAGAUAUUUGAAACCCAUCCCUGCUUUAUACUGUUAUAUUCAAAGAGGGUUUGUUACUUGGGUGAAUUAAAAAAAUCCCAGUUAAGGACUGAAUGUAUCCCCUCAAAAUGUAGAUGUUGAAGUCCUAAUCCCCAGUGUGAUGGUAUUUGGAGGUGGGCCUUAGGGAGGUAUUUAGUUUUAGACUGUGUCAUGAGGAUGGGACACCCAUGAUAGGAAUAGUGCCCUUAGAAGAAGAGAAAGCUGUCUCCAGGUGUAUGCACUUAGGAAAGGCCAUGUGAGCACACAAUGAAGGAAGCUGUCUGCAAUGAAGGAAUUGGGCCUUCACCAGGAGUUGACAGUGGUCUGAUCUUUGAUUUCCCAGCUUCUCGAAAUUUAAGAAAUAAAUGCCUAUUAAACUA